UAGCCUGCCCUGCACCUGCGCUGGGGGGAACGAGAGCGAGGGAAAGAGAAAGUGAUUGACACGCUCUUAUUCUGCCACUUCCACUCUUUCUCUCCCAUCUCUCUUCUUCUUCUUCAUCGACCUAUCUUCAUACUUUCUUUUUCCUUACUCUUCUACAUCUUCCCACUGAUAUACACUCAUUGUCCUUUUUUUUCUUUUCUUUUUCUCUUCUUCGUCUCUCUUCUUGAGCCACACACCUCGAUUCCGCGUUAAUUUGCCUGGUCUUCCCUCGUCGUUCGUUUCCACCCUCUGAUUUGGACAAAACUGUCGUCCAGUCACUCUUUUUAGUUCACUAAUUGUUUUUUCUCCCUUCUUUCGCCUUGCCCGUCAAACUGGUCGUUUAUAUACUUAUAUCAUCUUCUCCAUAUUCUUUUUUUCUCCGUUCUCUCUUUUAAUUCCUCUUGUUCUGUUUUAUAUUUACUUUACGCUGUUGGCCUGCCUACUUCCUCACGCUCUCUUCUACAUUAUCCCAGCACUCCCAGGCUUCAUCAGUCACUCCUUAAUACCUAUUACUCCCUCUCUAUCCUCUCUCCGUCCCUCUCUCUUCCUCGACUCAAACAAGCCAUUCUUUAGCAACACCUCCGAGGAACAUAUAUACCAUAUGGGUGGCAGACCAACGAAACUCGACUUAUAGACUUGGAAGGAUAAGGCAGAUUCUGCUUCGCUGAUAAUCGAAAUCCCACGAGUCCUCACCUUGCUACAGUCGAUUUUCAAUAUUCUAUACGCUCCUUUUGAUACGCACGCUGUACUGGAACAUUUCUAGGGAACACCAUCAACCCAGAUUUAUAAUACCUUUUUUUUUUUUCGUUUUUGGUUGAAUUUACAUAUUAUUUAAUUGGUAGGUUGAAUGGGAAUUCUGAUCGUAUGAUCGAGGAAAGGAGGGGAUGUAUGUUUCGGCCUCUAGUGACAUAACUAACGAAAUUAGCCAGGUUAUUCAAACCUCCUUAUCACAAUGGACCCAGCCUGCGUUGCCCAACAGGCUCAGCCUUCAUUCUACUACUACAACCCAGAGCCAGAGUCACGCCACGGCCAGCACGCCUUUUUCACUCCUCACCCAAACGAGUACGCUCAGAACCAAAUGAUGAUGGUGCAGCCUCAGAUGCCACAGCAGUUCACUCAGAUGCAACCGCAGAUGCAUCUUCAUCCGUCCGACCAGCAGAAUGGUGCUCAGUUCAGAUCACUUGGUGCGAAGGAUUAUCUAUCAACUCCCAAUGCCGCAAACAGUCCAUCGCCCUCUCCGCAACCAAUGCACAUCAAGCCUAGCGUUUUCCUACACGGUUCGCCCGCGCUCCUGUCCUUGGACACAAACUGUGGUUGGGCCGAUGCCAACGGAUUUCCAUCCACUCCUCCACUGUCAACCUCUGGUAGCAGCAUCAGCAGCCCCCCAUCAAGCUGUGGAAUGACUAACACCCCCGUUGGCGGUGACUCUUUCCGCAUGGAAGGCAUUGAAGGCGUCAAAGAGGGCUGCGAGACAGACGUGGAACUCGAGCUCCUAGCCAACUCUCAUUGGCACAGAUCCGCUUCUCCUGAGAUGACACCUUUGUAUGUUCGUCCGUUUUCGGUCCAUUCCAAUGCCAGUUUACCGUCUGCCGAGGCCAGCCACCAUAAUGCCAAUAGCGGCACUGAGAGAGGCUCUUCGCUUACAUCAUCAUCCUCGCGUUCGCCUUCUCGCUCUCCCAUCAUGACUUCUUCCUCCUCUUCGUCGCUUCUUCACGAAACACCCACGACUUCGUUCUCUGCGCAGCAGCCCUCCAGCACCGAUUUCUGCGACCCACGCCAGCUUACCGUCGAAUGCUCAGUGCUUUCGCUACCCGUUCCUGACUACCCGCCACUUCCGCCACUCUCGACCGUGGAUGAAGACAAGUCGCGGUCCACCCUUCUCGGCAGCUCGCUGAAACUAGAGCAGAGCCUCACCGUUCCUGGACUGAGUCACGACGAUUCUCUUGAGAGCUUGUCGACCUUUGAUGCCAUCUCUGAUCUCGACUCUGAAGACGAAUUUGUCAACGGUAUAGUUAACUUCACACCGACCGAGAACGGUUUUUUGCUUGGCGAAAAACGUAGACGCACGGUCAGCAACGCCAACAACGGCACUACGACGACUGCAUCCCAUGAAGACGACAUUAUUAGCGAGCAGGGCUUGGAUGAUUUAGAGGAAAGUGACUUGUUCGCCCGCUCUUGUAUCCCACUUCCAGAGUUCGACACUACUGAGCAGUGCAACAUUGCCGAAGACAUGAGGACAAAAAAGCGAGUAUCAGCUGUUGGCCGACGACUCAAGCAACUUCCCCUUGGGUCCGAGGAGAGUGAUGCUGACAGCCUUGGUGCCAUCGUGCGAACUGCUCAGAGUAAUGUGAACAACCGCGCCUCACACACUGACUCAUCUUCCACCCAAGCACAGCAACAAUCAGGUGCACCUAGCCAUGAGAGCUCGGAGACCAAUCCACAAAGCACCACAUCCUCAGAGACUCCAGCUCCCACUCCAAUGGUCCCUGUUGGCCGCCGUGGUCGCAAACAGUCCCUGACCGAGGACCCAUCCAAGACUUUUGUCUGCACCCUCUGCUCUCGUCGAUUCCGGCGUCAGGAGCAUCUCAAGCGUCAUUACCGUUCCCUGCACACCGAAGAUAAACCAUUUGAGUGUCAGGACUGUGGCAAGAAGUUCUCCCGCAGUGACAACCUUGCUCAACACACACGCACCCACGGUGGCUCUGGGAUGCCCAUGACCAUGUCUGACCAUCACCCUGAAUCAUCCCCUUUUGAUGACCAAGAUGCUGGAGCCCUCGGAGCCGUACUCUAUGAAGUUGCCCAGGCUGCUGCUAACAAGUCGACGACCAGUGAAUCGUCAGAUAGCGGCCUCUCUACUCGAGACAACCAGUCCUCUGCGCCUUUCACAAACCGGAAGCGUCCACUCAAGAAGCGCAAGCGUGAAGCAUCUGAGUAAAGAAAUUUAAUUUUUCUCUUCUGCUUUGCACUUCGUAUGGAUAAUGAAUUUUCUUUACAAAAAAUUAUUCCUCCCGGGCUGAAAGCUCAUUCGCCGGACAUAUACAAUUUUCUAUCCGUGGGCAUUCGACAUACUACUCAUACAAUCGGCGCAGGUCUCAUUAUAAAGGGGAUUGGUGUUCCUGAGCAUUGGCGUUUGCAGAGGUCUGACUUUUUACUUCCUUUUCUCACAAAAGGGUAGGGAGGUGGCUCUGGGUUAUUUCUCGACAUCUUUCAUCACACAACGAUGAUUAUUCCCGUCACCUGUGAGCUCCUGCUUACUCUGCCAUGGGCUUUUCUUUUCUUUUUAGAUAUUCAUGCAUUACUUCCCUGUUACUUGAACUACAUUAACCGUUUUAAUACUUGCUUCCUCCACGAUGUUGGUUUGCUGUUGAACAUCUGCAUCAACAUCCUAACAGCCACCCUAUUACCUUCGCAAAUGCUUUGCUGGUCCUAGCAUACGUUACUCUAUAUCCUCGAGCCCUUUGGCCUUGCCUCGUCCUCGCCACUCUCCAGAUACCACCUUACCUCCCGCCCAUCUUUUGUCCUUCAUAGCUUUGUACUUGAUAAAUAUUAUAAUUGUUUGCUUCCCCUUUACCCUAUCUUUUAUUUUACUUCGCCUAUCUUUUCUUUUUAAUUCAUGGCCAUCUUUUUCCCCAUCUAGCAUUUUCUUUUCUUUUCUUCUUUUCUUAUGACCUUUAUGCCAAUACUGCUUUUGUGUUUGCCCACAUGCGAAUUCCGCGUGCUACCUAAUUAUAUUAUUACUUGCCUCCUGCAAACGUAUCACUAUAUCCUCUUUUUCUUCGCCUUGACAUAUCUUCUUAACUGUCGCUACUGUAUCAUAAUUUUAUCUUAGCCUUUUUCCCCUCCCUCCGUUCUGACUCUGUCAAGCACACUUUAACAUCUCUUGUUCGGCAAUACCUACCUCGCUCUGCUUCGAGCGAACGCACAUAAUCUUUUUUU